ACAGGAGGACCUUUCCGGUAUUAUGGGAGUGAAGCAUGUUAUGGGCACGGGCACAUACCUUGGGCUACCAUCGAUGGUGGGGAGGAGUAAAAAAGCUACAUUUGGUUAUAUUAAAGAUAGAAUUUGGAAGAAAAUCAACUCAUGGCGGGGGAGAGCACUAUCAAAAGCGGGGAUCCGAUGGCUCGCCUGGGAUAGAUUGGCUAGGCCAAAAUCUGAAGGAGGUUUGGGUUUCCGUAAUUUUCAAGCUUUCAAUAUGUCAAUGGUUGCAAAACAGGCUUGGAACUUUGUGGCGAAGCCGCAUACAUUGGUGGCUAGAAUUUACAAAGCUAGGUACUUUCCUCGCUCCUCUUUAUUUGAUGCAAAAAUUGGUGAUAAUCCUAGCUUUGUUUGGAGAAGUAUUUGGAAGUCUCGUGAUGUUCUUGUGAAUGGAUGUAGGUGGAAGAUAGGAGAUGGGAGUAAGAUUAAAAUUAUGUCUGAACCGUGGUUACGUGGGGAGGACACUUUAUGGAUGCAAUCUCCUCAAACUCAGAGUAUGUACGAAUUAUAUGUUAAUAACUUAUUAUUACCGAAUGUGAAAAGGUGGGAUAUUCAUAAAAUUCGCUCUCUUUUUUCAGAAGCGGUGGCAGAAAAUAUAAUUAAAACACCUUUAUUUGAGGAAGUGAAAGAGGAUCAGGUAGUGUGGCAAUAUGAGAACCAUGGAGUCUACACAGUAAAAUCCGGAUACAGACACUACAUCAAGAAUAAGUCGGUGAAUAAUAAUUACACUUUGGAAGGCGAUUGGGGAGCUCUUUGGCGAAGCAGGGCACCCCCAAAGACAAAACACUUACUUUGGAGAGUGUGUCGUGAUUGUCUGCCAACUCGACUCCGGUUACGGGAAAGGUAUGUGCCAUGUCCAAGUGAAUGUGCAUUGUGCGUAAAUAAUACGGAGGAUGAUUGGCACGUGUUUUUUGGAUGUAGUGAGAGUAGACAAGUGUGGAAUGAAGCUGGAUUGGGUGGGGUUAUCGAUCCUAGAAUACGUCAAUAUGAUAAUGUGAAAGCUGUCUUUUUUGAUAUUUGCAGAAACGAGACAGAUGAUAUUGCAGGCAUUGUUGCUACAAUUGCUUGGAGCAUAUGGCAUAACCGAAACAAUUGGGUGUGGAACGGCGUCAAAGACACGGCGAAGGGUGUUGCGACAACUGCUGCUCAUUUAAUUGGAGAAUGGCGUGCUGUUCAUGUGAUACAGCAGCAACAUAGCGCGACUGCCGCUGUUUUAACACAGUCCCGCAUAUCUGACACAGGUGCAGCAAGCUCUCCUCCUAUCAUUGCUGCAGAUCCUUUGCGUUGGCAGCGUCCUCGCGAUGGGUGGUGGAAGUGUAAUGUCGAUGCAAGUUUUUCACAAGCCUCCGGUCAAACGGGAUGGGGUUGGUGUAUCCGCAAUUCACAAGGUGUGUUUGUUGCAGCAGGUACAAAUAUGAGUAUGCAUAAACUUGCUAUAGUUGAAGGUGAAGCCAUGGCUAUCUUGGAGGCUAUGCGUCAGGCCACUUCAAGAGGUUGGUCCAACAUUGUGUUCGAAAGCGACUCCAAAGUUGUGGUUGAUGCAAUACAAGCCAAUCAUCAUGGUAUUGCAGAGUUGAGUUCUAUUAUUUUAUCUAUUAAGCUAUUGUUACAAUGUAAUUCGAACUUUGAGAUCAAGUUCACUAAGCGACAAGCGAACAUGGCGGCUCACACUUUAGCUAGGGCGGCCAUUUCAUGGUCUAGUCGCAUGUUCUUUCACUAUGUUCCUCGUUGUAUUGAACCUUUUAUUAUUAAUGAAAUGAGUUGAUUGUGUUUGCUUCAAAAAAAAAAAAAAA